GGCGGCGGCCCGGCUGUCGUCAGUGCCACACGGCGAGACGCGGGGAAGCCCAACUCGGCAGGGAUGCUGCUGACCGUCCGCCACCAUGGACAAACAGCCGGCCAAACAGAGGGAGGAGGAGAACGGCCAGUGGCUGAUCGCCUUCUCGUGCGCCUGGAUGAACUUCUUCCACCGCGGACUGAUCCGAGGCACGGCCGUCGUCUACGUGCAGCUCAUCCAGACAUUCGGCAUCACGCGGGAAGAGGCCGCUCUGCCCCUCAGCCUCGUCUCCGUCAUCGGGGGAUGCUCGAGUCUCUCGGUGGGGUUACUGACACACUACCUGAAUGACCGCAUCCUGGUGGUCUUGGCGACGCUCACCUCGGCCACGGGUUUGGUGCUCUGCUACACGGCCACCAGCAUGGUGCAGAUUAACUUCUACUACAGCAUCAGCCAAGGUCUCGGGACUGGCCUGGUCUUCACAUUGACGGCAGUGAUCCUGAACAACGUGUUCAAGAAGAACCGGGCCACGGCGUCCGGCAUCAACCUGUCGGGCCCCACGCUGGUGGCACUGGUGUUCCCGCUCCUGUUCCAGUACUGCGCGCGCACGUACGGCUUGCGCGGAGCAUUCCUCAUCUCGAGUGGUUUCACGCUGAACGCGCUGCCUGCCGCGUUCUUGCUGAGCGGCAGUCUGCGCGAUCCGCCGCCGCCAGAGGAGCCCGAGAUCGUCAACAACCCGCGCUACGACUGCGAGGUCAACAUAACUGGCAGCACUUUCACCUUGGCCGACAUCUCGGGAAGCACUUCGGACAUCGCGAGCAAAGCCAGGAACGCUGCCCGCCAUGGAGGCAACUCCGUCGAGAAGGAGAAGCUUCUUGACGCGAAAGACAGCGGGAACAACAACGAGCAACUCCCUCCGAGCAAGCGCCAAGGCCCGGAACGACGCAGGUCAGACGAGGUGAAACUCACGUGCAACCUGAGUGGCGCCGCUUGCGUAAUACCCGCCAAGAACCUCAAGGAACCGCUCGGCACGCAAAGACCCCAUGGUGUGGAUGCGAGCCGGUGUGCCCAGGAACGCACGUUCGCCGAUCGUUCAUGCAGCCUUCCUUUGGCUAAGGGAACGCUGCCAAAGGUCCGCAUCUCCAAGUUCGCCAAUGCAGUGUCCAUGUUCAAGGUGCUACUCUGCUCGCCCUACUUUCUGCUCGUCUGCCUCUCCCAAGUGUCACACGUCUUCAAUCAUGGCACAUUCAUCACCAUCAUCAUCGACUAUGCCAAAGACAAUGGCAUACCACCUGAAGAAGGCAUUUACAUACUUUUGGCCAAUUCGGCAGGCGACCUCGUCGGCCGGCUGGGGCUGGGCUGGAUCUCGGACAAGAAGCUGAUCGAGCGUCGCAAAGUGAUGCUGCUCAACUACCUGCUCACGGGAAUCCUGAUGCACUUGGCACCACUGUGCACCACGUACGCCUCGGUGACGGCCAUCGCUGUGGCCAUGGCCCUGGCCGGUGGCAGCACCAUCACCCUGUUCUCGGUGCUGUUCUUCGAGUACCUCGGCAUACGGCUCAUGCCGCUCGCGUACGGACUGAGCAACUUCGCGGCCGGAAACGCCAACUUCUUUAGGCCUAGACUGAUCGGUUAUUAUCGAGACUCGCACGGAAAGUACGAUGGCUUGUUCCAGCUGCUGGGAAGCUUCCAACUGUUUGUCUCUUUCCUAUGGCUGCUGUCAUGUGUCUUCGAAAAGUUCAAGCACUCGAGAGACGCUCCAAAAGAACAGCCGGACGACGCCAUGUGAAUCGUGUCUUAAGCAGCUGUAAGACGUUGGGGCCAAUCUGAGUCCACCUGCAAAUGAAGUCCGACUGGACGCUCCUGAACAGGCUUUGUCGAAUGAAAACAAACCAGCUGACCA